UUUGAAAUUAAAAAGAAACUGAAGACGGCGAAGAAGAAGGAGAAAGAAGAGAAGAGGAAGAAGGAGAAAGAAGAGAAGAGGAAGAAGGAUGAGGAAGAACGGAAGAAGCGAGAGAGAUCAUCCGGUCAUCAUGAAGACCGGACUCCAUCAGGACCUGCAAGUGGUUAUGUCCCACAACAAGGAGAGGAGAACUAAACGGGAUGAGAAGCUGGAUAAAAAGUCUCAGGCCAUGGAGGAACUGAAAGCGGAGAGGGAGAAGAAGAAAACGAGGACAGCGGAGCUCCUGCCGAAGCGGCAGCCUCUGAAGACCAGCGAGGUGUACUCUGACGACGAGGAGGAGGAGGAAGAGGAGGAAGACAAAUCCUCAGUAAAGAGCGAUCGCAGUUCACGCUCUUCAUCUUAUUCCGAAGACGAAGAGAAAGAGGAGACUCCACCAAAGUCUCAGCCCGUGUCGCUGCCAGACGAGCUGAACCGCGUCCGCCUGUCUCGCCACAAACUGGAGCGCUGGUGCCACAUGCCGUUCUUCCAGAAGACCGUCAGCGGCUGCUUCGUACGGAUCGGCAUCGGGAGCAGUAGUAGCAAACCAGUUUACAGGGUGGCUGAGAUAGUUGACGUGGUAGAGACGGCUAAAGUGUACCAGUUGGGAACGACCCGGACCAACAAAGGACUACAGUUACAGCAUGGUGGUGAUACCCGAGUCUUCAGACUGGAGUUUGUAUCCAAUCAGAGUUCACAGAAAACGAGUUCAUGAAGUGGAA